AUGACAACUGAGAUCCAGGACGAACCCCAACAGAUAACUGAUUCUAAAACUGCUCUCACGCAGAUCAGUACGGGACUGGGGCCGGUCACCCCUCACCAGGCCUGUGGGUCAAACGCAGACAUGGAGACCGAGAUUCUGAAACUUAUUCUGAAGAGCCAUGGAUCUAUGAACACAGAUGAACUUCUCUACAACUUGUGCGAGCCCUCGUUUCUCGCAGAGCUCGUCAAUCAGAAGGAGACGUUCGCGUCGUGUGUGUUUAACGGCCAGCCUAAAGUGGUGGUCAGGAGCAGGCUGAAGCUGUGUGGGACCGUAGACUGCCCCGGCUGUGGACGUCUGCACCUGUGCCUGCGCUUCCUCCUGUGCGGCCGCUGCCCUUUCACACAGCGCGGAGGAUGCCAUUUCUCCCAUGACCUCCAGUCGGAGUACAACAUGAAGCUGCUGAGUGAGUCUGGUCUUCAGACUCUGAGCAGAUCUGAGCUGAGUCUGCUGCUACUACAGAGCCACAACAUGCUGCUUCCACAGAUGUGCCAUCAAUACAACAACAGCGGCAGUUGCCAGGACGACUGCAAAAGUCUGCACAUGUGUAAGCAGUACCUCCACCAGGACUGUAGCUGCCCCAAGAACCACGACUUCUGCGCCCCUCAGCCGCUCAAACUGCUGCAGGAAAAGCACAUCCCUGAGCAUCUCUUCCACCGGCUCAAAUCUGUGUACGCAAACAAGGAGGCUCUGAGACUCGCCGACAAAGCAAACAGGAGCAGGGACAACAAUGCAGACGGAGAUCGCAGCGCAGACUCGAGCAGCAUUGGUGCAAAACAAAGCCGCAGUCGUGGGAGUAGAGGCAGAGGGAGAGGAAGGGGUAGUAAGGGCCAAAGAGGUCGGCAAACGGCUAGUGGUUCUGACGGAGUUACUUCCAAAUCUGAGGAGAGCGGAAGGGGUAAAAUUGGAAGCAAUCCUGGAAAUCGCGGAGGUAGACCUGGUAGAAGCGACUUAACAGGAGAAGAUGAUAUGGAAGAGCCUAGUGUUGGGGAAGCAUUAGUAUGUGGCGUUGAAACGGAGUCCACUGGCGAUAAUGCACAAGAUGAGACGGUUGCAAGUGGCGCCAAGAGCUCGAGUACUGCUGACCCCUCGGACCAUCCUUCUGUCAAAAAUGUGGAAGCAAAAAGCAGUGGACCCCCAACAAGGCAAAGAGAUAAAACUGAGAUCUGCAUGUUCUUCAUCAAGGGCCACUGUAUACAUGAAGAUCGCUGUUUCAAAUCUCAUGACAAGAUGCCGUACCGAUGGGAGAUCAAGCAGGACGGGCAGUGGACUCACAUGGCUGAAAACGAGAGCAUUGAGAGAGACUAUUGUGUUCCUGACAACACCUACAGGUAG